ACGUCACAGUAGGUGGGCGGAAAGCGGUAGAGUGUUUCGGUUUUCGAGGAUAAAGCCCGAACCGGGUGUUUUUAUUCAGAGAAUUCACUCAGAAGAAAUACCGAGGAGACUUUAGCGUGUCUCCUGCUGAAAAUGGCGGUCCCCGCGGGUCAGGCAGACGUCCAGAUGGACAGAGGCGGCCUGAGCGGCCAGACGGUCCCCUCUGAGAGCAACAUUGACAUCGACGAGAGAGAGUUGGAUAACAUCACAAAGAAACAGCGAGAAGACGACACAACGACGCUGCCUUUGCACUCACCUUGGACGUUUUGGCUGGACAGGUCGUUACCGGGCACAACGGCUGCAGAAUGUGAAUCCAACCUCAAGAAGAUCUACACGGUUCAAACUGUCCAGAUGUUCUGGAGCGUUUAUAACAACAUCCCUCCUGUCACAGCCCUGCCUUUGAGGUGCAGCUAUCAUUUAAUGCGUGGAGAGCGAAGGCCUCUGUGGGAAGAGGAAAGUAAUGCUAAAGGAGGCGUGUGGAAGAUGAAAAUCCCUAAAGAAAACAGUUCUACAGUUUGGAAAGAGUUGUUACUUGCUACUAUCGGGGAGCAGUUUGCAGAUAACUGUGCCUCAGACGAUGAAGUCGUGGGUGUCAGUGUUAGUGUUCGAGAUCGGGAAGAUGUUGUACAGAUAUGGAAUAAAGAUGCAUCUCUUGCUAACGAAUCAAAUAUCUUGGGAAAAGUCUAUGACCUGCUCCCCUAUAUAUCCUUUAAAGCUGUUUUUUAUAAGUCCCACAUGGAGCAUCAUGCCUUCGAGGGAGGACGCUCGAGACAUUAGAUUGUGACGCACUUUAAAAAAAAAACGAACUCUGAACCUGCCUGAACCCAAAAGCGACGUUCACCACCUGGUUAAGGAUAUUAUUUUUGCUUUUAACAAGAAAUUAUCAAUAUAUUUUUAUAGCCUUCAAUAACUGCUGCCUUGUUUGACCCUGUCCUAAAGCUCUGAACUCCUCAGAGAAUGUACAUUCAGCGUAGAUCCUAC